UCUCAGGGCUCAGGGCGGUGGCAGUGCUCCUGACAGCCUAAACCCAGGGAGAAGCGUUAAGGCCGCUCGACCAAUCAGAGCAGUUCAGAUCUGAUGCACAUGCGCAGUGGCUCUUUUGAAUAAACCUUUAUUUAACUCCUGGAUGAAAAUGUCCUAUGUGAAACUGGUGUCGCUGUGCGCUGCGGCUCCGGGGCUGACGGCUCUGCUGAGCGGCUCCGUGCUGGCAGCGGCCGCUGAGGGGAAGAAGAGGAACACACAGCCGGUGCUGAGCAUCGAUGAGCUGCCGUCUUUAUACACGAGACCUGAAGCAGAGCCUCAGUGUGCGGAGCCAGAGGCCGGGGCGUUGGAGCAGAGCGUGGCAUCACUGAGGAAAUGGGCAGAGCCGUACACAAGCCAGUGUCAGCAAACCAGUCAGGCUGCACUGGAGAAAGUCGAGCGAGUGUACAAGACUGUGGAGCCCACCAUCAACACGUCAAUAACAACAGUCACAGACGUGUACCAGUUCCUCAGUGACCCUCCUCCUGACCUCUACCCCAGCGUGGCCGCUGUGGGUUUCUCCGGCUUCCUCGGUCUCUAUUUGGCCAAAGGCUCCAGGGUGAAGAGGCUGGUCUUUCCAGUUGGACUCAUGGCUCUGACUGCGUCCAUGUUUUACCCUCAGCAGGCUGCGUCCUUGUUAAAGGUGAGUCGAGACUCUGCGUUCACCUGGGCUCAGCAGGGCCGUGUGACGGUGGAAAAUCUAUGGAAAGAUCCACCGUUUGGCAAAAAGAAGUCUGAGAAGAAGGAGCAAACAGAGAGCAGCGACUCGACCAGCUGAGACUCCAAGAAGACCAGACCCCUCUCCAUCCUGAGAGACCUUCACCUCCCAGUAACACACACUCACACACCUGUACGACUCCUUUAGAUUCAUCCUGCGCAUCUUUCACACACAAACAAACUCGCUCGGAGGUGCGAAGUGACUAUUUCCUGUCCUGGACACCACCACCUGUUCCAAGAAGCAGGUUUCCAUCAAUCCACAUUCCACUCAUCCAGAUAACUCUGCUUCUUGGAACAGUCCCCCUCCUCCUCUUCCUCCUCUGGAACCAUUCCCAGUUUCUCCUUCCAUGACUUCAGCUCUUCCAGUUUCUGUUUAGCUCGACAAAACAGGUCACUGUGUCGAGUUUUUACAGUGUUACGUCUGUAACGGGCAAGAAAAUCUGCCACCAACACAGUUUGUUACAUUAAAGCUGCUUAAUAGAAAAACAUGAAGGUUUUAAAACUCAGAAAAAACAAAAAAAUGACUAAAAAUAAGAAGUUAAGAAUUUAUUCAACCCAGAAAGGGAGUGGAUCAGAUGAAUUAAAAAUACAAAUAACAGGAAUUUUCCAGUUCUUUCACUGCUACAGGUUGUUCAUGUUCUUAGAGUUAAUUUUAUUUGACUCAACAAUUCAAAGAAAUUAAGUGGAAAGUUUUAUUCUGUUACAGCUGGUAUUAAACAGAUUUCUGAUCUCUGCACCACCGCCUGCUCCUGCUGCAUGUUAACAAACUGCUAAUGAUGAAAAAGAACCUAAAACAUUUUGUCCUGUAAAGGAGGAGCGUUUGUCCUCUGCAGUUUCACUUCUUCAUGCUGUGUGGGUGGAGGAGUGACUGCAGAGACACCACAGUUUCAUUCAUGUGAAUUUAAAGCGUCAUUUCUCCUCAUGUAAAAUAACAUCUGCAUUCCACCUUAUUUUAAUUAUUAUUAAUGAACUGGAUGAUACUGCGUUUAUUGUCCAUGUGUAAUAACACACUGUAUAUACUAUAUGAGGUUUUAAUGCUAUGUAAUUAAACAUGAUAUCUAACUGA